CCUCGCCCGCUCUGCCAUCCCCCGCACGCUCCGAUGGCAGCCACGGCGGUGACCCUGCCCACCUCCGCGCCGUCGCCCUUCCCCGUCGCCGCCCCCUCCGCGCGCCGCUGCCUCCAGCUCCGCCGCUCGCCGGCCCCCCGCCGCGCCGUCCGCGUCGCCGCCUCCGCCGCGGCGACCGAGGCGCCGCCCAAGCCGCCGCCGGCCACCCCCUCCGGCAUCAUCCUCGUCGACCCCGCCGAGGCCCAGAAGGUGCACCGCCUCAAGACCGUCUACGACACCAAGGUCAUCCCCGUCAUCACCGAGGAGUUCGGCUACACCAAUGUCCACCAGGUGCCCAAGCUUGAGAAGAUUGUGGUGAACUGCGGGCUGGGGGUGGAUGCGGGGAACAACAAGGGCCUGGAGGCCGCCAUGAAGGACCUCGCCUCCAUCACCGGCCAGUACCCCGUCAAGACCAAGGCCAAGAACUCCGUCGCCAGCUUCAAGAUCCGCGAGGGCAACACCAUUGGUAUCGCCGUCACGCUCCGCGGCAGGGUGAUGUUCAACUUCUUGGAUAGGCUCAUCAACCUUGGGCUCCCUAGGACCAUGGACUUCCUAGGUGUCAACCCCAACAGCUUCGACGGCCACGGCAACUACACCAUCGGCCUCCGCGACCAGGGCGUGUUCCCGGAGAUUCCCUAUGAGGUGGGCGGCAAGAAGAACGGUAUGGACGUCACCAUUGUGACCACCGCCAAGACCGACAACGAGGCGCAAAGGCUGCUCGCGCUCCUCGGCAUGCCAUUCGCCGAGAACAUCAAGUCUGAUCAGUUCAAGAAGAAGAGGUUGAAGCGCCACCACUUCAUGAGCAAGGGCAGGGGAAGAAAGUGAAGAUCGAGCGGCGUUUGAGCUUUGCUUCCCACUUUGUCAAUUGUGAUCCUUUUGCAUAGUUUGGUUUAGAUAUUUGAUGAUCCUUUCGCUGUCUGUUAUAACUUGCAGUUCAUGUUGUACCUACUGCCACAGAACAAAAUGGAAAUUUUUGCUUUGGUCAGGCUA